CACUGGAUAAUUUACCAUUUAACAUUUAAAUAACAUCGGGUUCGGUCAGGGUUCCGCGUUUUCUCCUUCUCCGUUGUUGUAGUGUUGUGUGUGGGCAUUAAGUUACAUUAUAAUAGAACAAAUAUUUUUCCACAUUAAUUGAAGGGAAAAUAUUGAACAGAACGGUAAAAAAGGAAAAAAGAUCCGCGUCAACAAAAUGAAGUUCUUGCUGAGUUCGCUGCUUUUUGUAGCUGUAGCCACAUUGGGCGUACAAGCCGAAGAAGAAAUUAAAGUCGAAGAUGGAGUUUUAGUUUUAACACAGAAUAACUUUAAACAAGCCAUUACCGAUAAUGAAUUUAUCUUAGUUGAAUUCUACGCUCCCUGGUGCGGACAUUGUAAAUCAUUGGCCCCCGAAUAUGCUAAAGCCGCUACACAAUUAGCCGAAAAGGAAUCACCCAUCAAGUUGGCCAAGGUUGAUGCUACCGUUGAAGGUUCUUUGGCUGAAGAAUAUCAAGUUCGUGGCUAUCCCACUUUGAAAUUCUUCCGCAGCGGUGCUCCUGUCGAUUAUACUGGUGGUCGUCAAGCUGCCGAUAUUGUUAGCUGGGUUAGCAAGAAGACUGGUCCUCCUGCCAAGGAAUUGUCUUCGGUCGAAGAUGCUGAAACUUUCUUGAAGGACAAUGAAAUUGCUGUUGUUGGUUUCUUCAAGGACUUGGAAUCCGCUGAUGCUAAGGCUUUCGUCUCUGCUGCCAAUGCUUUGGACAGCUUUGCCUUUGGUAUUAGCUCCAGCGAUGAUGUCUUCGGCAAACACGAUGCCAAGGAUGGUGCUAUUGUUUUGUUCAAACCCUUCGAUGAUAAGAAAUCCCUGUACUCUGGUGAAAUCAAUGUUGAAGACAUCAAGAAAUUCGUCCAAGUUGAAUCGUUGCCUUUGAUUGUUGAAUUCAAUCAUGAAUCUGCCUCGAAAAUCUUUGGCGGUUCAAUCAAAUCCCAUUUGUUGUUCUUCGUUUCCAAGGAAGCCGGUCACAUUGAGAAGCAUGUUGAUCCUUUGAAGGAUGUUGCCAAGAAAUACCGCAAUGAUAUUCUAUUCGUAACCAUCUCCUCGGAUGAAGAAGAUCAUGCUCGCAUCUUUGAAUUCUUCGGCAUGGUUAAGGAUGAUGUACCCACCAUUCGUUUGAUCAAAUUGGAAGAAGAUAUGGCCAAAUACAAACCCGAAAAGGCCGAUUUGACCUCAGAGACCAUUAGCGAUUUCUUGGAGAAAUUCAUGGAAGGCAAAUUGAAACAACACUUGCUGUCACAAGACCUGCCCGAAGAUUGGGAUAAAAACCCCGUUAAGGUUUUGGUUGCCACCAACUUUGAUGAAGUUGCCUUUGACAAGACUAAGGAUGUUUUGGUUGAAUUCUAUGCUCCCUGGUGUGGACAUUGCAAACAGUUGGCUCCCAUCUACGAUCAAUUGGGUGAGAAAUACAAGGAUAGCGAAACCAUUGUCAUUGCUAAGAUGGAUUCCACUGCCAACGAAUUGGAACAUACCAAAGUGUCCUCAUUCCCUACCAUCAAAUUGUACCGCAAGGGAGAUAACAAAGUUAUUGACUACAAUUUGGACAGAACUUUGGAUGAAUUUGUUAAAUUCAUGGAUGCUGGUGGUGAUGUUAAGCCUAGUGAUGCCGAUGAAGAAAGUGUUGAAGAGAAGGAUGAUGAGCACAAAAAGGAUGAAUUGUAAAUUCCCCCCUCUAUCCAUUUUAAGUUUCAAAGAUCUUUCCUAUUUUCUCCCACUCCGCCCACCUCCACCAUUAGCACUAACACAACACCAUGAUCAUUUGAAUUUUUCUACAUAUUUAAUUUAAUUAAAAAAAAAAAAGUUAUAAGGAAAUAAAAUGAAAUGAUACACCAAAACCUA